UGUAUCAGAAAUAAUUAUUUAAACUAAUAAAAUGGUGAAAAAAGCAGUAAAACGAAAGCGUGCGCUUGUUGAAACGGCUGUGGAAGAAAAUGUCGUCGCAUUACCACCGAAACGGAAGUCCGAUGAUCUCAUUCCAACAAAAGCGAAAUGGACAAAUAAACAAAGGGUUUUGGUUUUUGCUGCACGUGGUAUUAGUUUCCGUGACAGGCAUUUGAUGGAGGAUCUUAAAAAGUUGAUGCCUCAUCACAAAACUGAGGCAAAAAUGGAGCGCUCCAAGACGUUAUCCGUUAUUAAUGAAAUGUGUGAGAUCAAACAUUGCAACAAAGCAAUUCUGUUUGAAGGUCGCAAACGGAAGGACCUUUAUCUGUGGUUUAGUAAUGUAUCAAGUGGUCCAAGUGUGAAAUUCUUAGUUGAAAAUAUUUACACCAUGGCUGAACUGAAACUGACUGGAAACUGCCUUCGCGGUUCUCGUCCAUUGCUAAGUUUUGACCCGACAUUCGCCGACAAACCACACUAUUUACUCCUCAAAGAACUUCUGACACAAAUAUUUGGCGUGCCUAACCAUCACCCAAAGAGUCAACCUUUCUUCGAUCACGUCUACACGUUCACCGUGCUUGACAACCGCAUUUGGUUCAGGAACUUCCAAAUCCUCAACGAUGAAGGCGCGUUGGCUGAAGUUGGGCCCAGAUUUGUCUUGAAUCCUGUGAAGAUUUUCAGUGGAAGUUUCGGAGGUACCGCGCUAUGGGAGAAUCCCUUCUACUUGAGUCCUUCUAGACAUCGAAAACAGAUUAAUUUGGUCGCAAAGAAUAAAUACGUCAACAGACAAGAACAGAAACUACACGCAGAGGCGACCAAACCCAAGGAGAGUUUCCAAGUGACACCAUUGGAAGACAUCUUUAAGGGAGACGCAUAUGAACGAGCACAGGCUAUUCAAAAGGAGUUAGAGGUGCAAAAGGCUAAAGAAGAUAAGUUAAAAGAGAAAAAGGAGAAGUUAAUGGAGAGGAAUAGGAAGUUAUUGGAACGAAAAAGCAAAAAGGAAGAAGAAAGUGUUCAAAAUGGUGAUGAUAGUGAUGAACUUGAGAAUGAUGAAAAUGAUUUUGAUGAAGCUAGUGAUGUAGACAACGACGAUGAUGAUGAUAUUGAUGAGGAUGAAGAUAUCCCUGAGGAAGAAGCAAAAAUAAACAUAAAAAAUGUAAUGGAUACAUUAAAAAAGAUGAAAUCUUUGGACAAACCAACAAAGACAACAAAAAUAAUAAAACCAAUGAAGAAAGCAACCAAGGUGGUCACCAAAGUGAAAAAGAAGGCCUUGAAAAAAUAAUUCCACAAUAACAAUAAAUACUACACAAACACAUUGUUACAAGUUGUUUACGAUAUUUCCAUCAUUAUACAAUCUAAGUUGUCCGUGCAACUUUAUCUCUACAAGCAUAAACUCUGUGUAAAACUAAUUUGUCCCAGGCGUUUAGGCCGACUACAAUAUCAGUGUAAAUGUAAAUUGUAAACAUUUAUAAAUACUACAUAGACAUUUAUCAAACAUUAAACAUUUAAAAACAUCCAUAA